ACGUUGUAUUAGCCUUGAACAUGAUAUCAAUGGGAAUGCCUGCGAGAGGAAAUAGGUCAUAGUUAUAUAAAAGUCAAAAUCAACACACAGACAUUGAGAUACACACUGGAAAGAAGCUGAGAUGGCUCCAUCCAAGCGGUUCUGGUUUUGUAUCAUCAUAUGUAUAGUGCUUCAUUUUGCUCUUGUGGAAUGUAAGAAAAUUGAUUUCAAAAGCACCGUCCUAAAAAGGUGUACAAGAGACACCAAUGCAAAUAAAAUGGGACGAAAAACAGCGGAUUUUACAUCAUCGGUGGUACUUACAGGAAUCAGUAUUGCGCUGUCAAUUUCAAAUCCUUUGUUUAAGAUAGUUUCACUAUUUGUUGUCGGAACUCUCUUAGACUUAAUUUGGCCUACAUCAGGUUCCUAUCAAUCAAUUAGAGCAGACGUUAUUGCGGAUAUUAGAAAUGAAAUGAAUAAGCAGGCAACCGCUGAAAUGAAAAUGAAACUAAGAGACUACGGUGAACAAAUUAAAAAUGCAUUUAGCGUUUUACAAGUGCAAGGUAACAAGAUAGAGCAGUGGAAAGAUUCUGUCUUAACAAAUGGAAUAAACUUGCAAAAACAAUCUUCGUUAUUACAGUUAUACAAAAGCCGUGUAAAUUCAACAUCUUGGGAAUAUUUCAAAAUAAAAAUAGUUUCAUUAGCUACAGAUGUUGGUAAUGACGGGCACCAGUUCCAUAUUCAAAAUGAUCCAACAUCGAGCCUAGAAUAUUAUAGAGAGUUUGUAACCAUACAAAUUGGUUUAUGGGUGGCAGAACUAUUGAUAUUUGCAGGGACAAAUACAGAAAUACAUUUAAAAAAUUUACUUCAGGAUAAAAUAAAAACUGCUCUGAAGAAUCACUAUAGGUAUGUCAUGUGGGCUAUUCACAAAUCUGCUACUAUCAUUGAAUCAAAGCUCAACAGUAGAUUGAAAUACAAGGAAGUUGUAAAUUCAUGGAAUGAACAAUUCCCUUUAGAUGCAUGGAAACAACUGGCAGGUUUUUCUGGACAUAGUAGGUUUAUCCGAAGCUCAGAUACAGUGUCAUUCAAAUAUCUUGGUCAUGAAUUAGGAUAUAUCAUGUAUAAUAAACGGUAUUGGAGAUCUUGGAUGAGUUGUUGGGGGUCGGGAACUGAAUGCACCAUACGAAAUUGUCCUGAAAUCGAUAAUCCUUUUGUAGCUGGAGAACAAUACCAAUAUAAAUAUCAUUGUCGGGGAGAAGUUUUCUGGAUCUACGGAGAAAUAUAUGAUAACAUCCAGGCUUGUGAUAAAGUUGCCAUACAUUAUAGUUCUUGGGGCGAUGAACAUUAUUGGUUAAGUUUAGACUCGGCUAGACCAUACCGGUCAACGUAUUGGUUCUUCAACACACGUCAAUGUCCGGGGACAUCCUUUAUGUAUGAACCAUUUUAUGGCAGAUGUCUAAACGAAAUUUUAACGAUCGAGGUUGAGGGAAAGACGUGUGGUGAACUUGUUGAGGACAGGGACGUCAUCAUGCUAAAGGGCAGAUAUGAUAAAUACGUGGCUAGCACAGUCUUGAAUCGAUUAACCACCACAGGGCAGAAAUGGUGGAGAAUAUUUAAGCACGACUCCUUUCUGAAAAGUUUUGAUAAUAACUUUAUGUAAUAGUUCUUCAUUAUUUAGAAUUCAAAUAAUAACUUUUGUAAAAAAAAGUAAUUUACUUCACAUGAACUUAUAUCUAAAGGAGAUAAAAAGAUUAACAUAACAAAAAAUAAUAGACAGAGCUGUCAUUAGUAGUUUUGUGUAUAAUGCAUUGACCGAUCAUUCUUUUUUUAGAAAUACCGGGCGUCUGUCCGUCCGUCCGUCUCUGCAUCCGCCCGCCCAGUCUUGUUAGCGCUCAUACAUGUACAUGUACAAUUCAUGGCAGAUUUCUAUAAAAACUUAUAUCAUAGGUUUACAUCAGCAAUGUUUUGAACGAGUUCAAAAAUCAGUACCAAUGAACUAUUUCUAAAAGAGUAAUGUCCCUUGGAAACAUUAAUUAUAUGGAAUAAUAUUGCAUCGUUAGCGCACAAUACUUGAACAGUACCUGCCAGAUUUUUAUGAAACUUAUGUCGUAGGUUUAUAUUGGCAAUGUUAUUGACACUUUCGAAAAUAAGUGCUGAUCUAAUAAAUUUGACGAGUUAUGGCCCUUGGAAAUAUUAAUUAUAUCAGAAAUGACAAUUAAUUUGCUCUGAUGCAUUCAUUUCUCUUAGAUAUAUAUGCCCUUGUACCUUGGAUAGAUAGAAUAUGUGCAAAGCGGGGGACAUUGGAAUUCUGUUCUUAUAUUGAAUUUGAAAUCAAAAUAUCAUUUGCACUUACUUGCGCAAAUUUCAACAGCCUUGAUUAGUUAUAGACAUAUAGGGCGUGUUCAAUUGGAUGGAACUCUAAUAUUUACACUUUGUAAUAUAAAUUUGCCUGUCUAUUUUGUUUGUUUGAAUGUAUAUUGUUUAACGUUUUGAAUAUACUCUUUUAUAGUUA